AUGUCGAAAAUCAACAAUCUUGAGUAUGAUGCCCUCAAUCUCUCCGGAGACAAUUACCUUCAAUGGGCACUUGACACCAAGAUCAUCUUGAAAUCCAAAAACCUUGGUGCUUGUAUCACUGAUGGCAAUGAGUCAUCUGAGAAGGAUAGAUACAGUGCGAUCUUAAUCAUACGCCAUCACCUUGUUGAAAGUCUCAAAGACCAAUACCUCACUAGGACGGUGCUCUUACCAAAGGCCCUAUAUGAUUGGAGGAACCUAAGGAUCCAAGACUUUAAGUCUGUGGAUGAGUAUAACUCGGCUCUAUUCAAGAUAGUCUCAAAGUUGAAACUGUGUGGAGAGACUAUCACUGAUGCUGACAUGUUAGAGAAGACAUUCUCUACAUUCCACACAAGCAAUGUUUUGCUUCAGCAACAAUACCGAGAAAAGGGUUUCUCCACCUAUGCAAAUUUGAUCUCUUGUUUGUUGCUGGCUGAGCAAAACAAUGAGUUACUCAUGAGGAAUAGUGAGAUGAGGCCUCCUGGUGCUAAGGCAUUACCUGAGGCACAUGCGGCCAUAGAGCCAAAAGAUGAGUCUCCAAAGAAAGAGUCAAACCAUGGCCGUAUGAGAGGCCGUGGAAGAUGGCAAGGUCGUAACCGUGGGUUUCAACCACGUGACCGUUGGUUUCAACCACAUGAACACCUUGGUCGUAGCCGAGGCCGAGGAUAUGGCCGAGGUAAUGGCCGAGGGUAUCAACCUAGCCGUGGGUAUAAGUCCGACUUCAAAAACCAUGGCUCGACCAAAUGUUCUUGCCAUCGGUGUGGGAUGACCAAUCAUUGGGCCAACCGAUGCAAAACUCCCAGUCAUCUUGUUAAACUCUACCAUGAGAGCAUAAAGGGAAAGAACCAUGUGGCCCAUUGGGUCCAUCAUGAUGAUGAUAAUGAUCUCGACCAUGAGGAUGUUCAAGCCCAUGACAAUGAUGAUCAGACUGAAUUUGAGACUUCAGAUAUCCUUAAAGAGGCCAAUUAA